CCGCUGCCUUACAUGGUCUCCCAGCCUUUGCCUUGGCAGAUUCACUCAGUGUCCCACAGCCGCAAGAACAGCAGAGUAGAUGAGUUUGAUGGCUACAGGAGGAACAGCAUAGGCGUUUACAGAAAAAACUCCAAUGCCAGCAAUGGGACAUGCACGAGCCCGGCGGCACCCCCCUUGAGCCCCGUGGAAGCCGAAAAAGCAGCGGCCACCAUCCAGACGCACUUCAGGAAGUUUCAACAAAAGAAGCACAAGAAUGAGAAGUAGAGGCUUGGGGCUAUGUGCCAGACAAAGAUACUUAUCCAUCUGAAUCUCAGUAUUAACAUAGACAAUGACUUAUAGACCUAUUU